AUGGCUCCCACCCGAGCUUGCGCUCUCCGUCACCGGCUCUUCCGUGAGCCACCAGCACCUCAUGCCUUCGCAGCCGCCGUCCUUGCCGUUGCUCUCCUCGCCGCCGUUGCUCUCCUCGCCGUUGCUCUCCUCGCCGCCGCCGCCGCCCCCGGUGUGACUGUACAGGGCGCGCCGUUAGCGGGGACGGCGUGCGUGAACGAGUUUCCCACGAAGCCGCUGUGCAGGUUCGUGGAUGACCUGGCGGCCGCGCCGCGCGUGGAGAAGCUGCACCGCGACCUGCCGGCCACUCGGCUGUACGCCUAUGGGCUCAACGAGCGCACUGCUCAUUACCCUGGCCCCACUCUCAUCGCCCGACGUGGGAUCGCCACCAAGGUGCGAUGGGAGAACCACCUGAGGGACAAGACGCACAUGUUCGCAGUGGACUAUACCCUCAUGGACGUUGCUAAUCCCAAGCGCGGCAACAUCCCCAUUGGUAACUACCACUUCUCCCCACCCGCAAUCCCCUCCCUCUCCCCAUCGGCCUCCCCUCCCCUCUAUUCGUCUCCAUGUCUCCCUUCACUGCCUUUAAGUGCCAAGUCUCCCCUCUAUCCCUCUCUUUGUCUCCGUUCUCUGCCCUCAAGUGCCGAGACAUCUCAAAAUCCCCACUCUGUGCCACCUCGCUCUGACCCUCCCUGCGCCCCUGCAGUGAUCCACAAGCACGGCGGCGAGACCCCAUCGCACUCCGACGGCCACCCACAGGCGUGGUUCACGCAGUUCGGGGAAACAGGCCCCACGUACCGCUCGCGCCGCUACACCUACCCCAACGACCAGCAGCCGGCUACCCUGUGGUACCACGACCAUGCCGUCGGCAUCACACGCCUCAACGUGGCUGCUGGCAUGGCCGGGCUGUUCCUUCUCACCGACCCCAAAGGCGUCGAGAGGAAGCUUCGGAAGCAGCUUCCAGCCCCGGAGUUUACCCUGCCCCUGGCGAUCUCGGACCGAUCGUUCUUUGCCAACAGGUCCAUUGACUACCUCUCUGGGGGCUGGGAGCCUGAGUAUUUCGGGACCACCAUCCUUGUCAGUGGCUUGGUCUGGCCGUACCUAUCAGUGAGGCGCACGAGGUACCACUUCCGAGUGCUGGGGGCGGCCAGCAGCCGCUUCUUCAAUCUGCGCUUCGUGUGCGCCGCCCCCGACAACUACCCCGACUUCACCCCGCCCAUCACAGGCCAUGCGCUGCCCAUCAUCCAGAUCGGCACGGACGGAGGCUACCUGCCCCGCCCCGUCACCCGCGCCUCGCUGCUGCUCGCCCCAGGGGAGCGCCACGUCAUUCUCGUUAACUUCACCUCGCUGCCCGCCUCCUGUGCCGACGUCAUCAACGACGCCCCCGCGCCCUUCCCCUCGGGCGAGGCACCGGGCCGCAACGCCACGGGCGUGGUCAUGCGGUUCAUUGUGGAUAGCGCCGGCGCUGUUGUGCCGUCACCGCCCGUCCCCAAGAAGCUCGUGGUGAGUGUGUGUCCUCUGGGGGACGGGCAGCAUGGGUUGGGCGGGCAGCAUGGAUUGGGCGGGCAGCAUGGGUUGGGCGGGCAGCAUGGGUUGGGCGGGCAGCAUGGGUUGGGCGGGCAGCAUGGGUUGGGCGGGCAGCAUGGGUCGGGCGGGCAGCAUGGGUUGGGCGGGCAGCAUGGGUUGGGCGGGCAGCAUGGGUUGGGUGGGCAGCAUGGGUUGGGCGGGCAGCAUGGGCUGGGCGGGCAGCAUGGGUUGGGCGGGCAGCAUGGGUUGGGCGGGCAGCAUGGGUUGGGCAGGCAGCAUGGGUUGGGCGGGCAGCAUGGGUUGGGCGGGCAGCAUGGAUUGGGCGGGCAGCAUGGGUUGGGUGGGCAGCAUGGAUUGGGCGGGCAGCAUGGGUUGGGUGGGCAGCAUGGGUUGGGCGGGCAGCAACGCCACGGGCGUGGUCAUGCGCUUCAUUGUGGACCGCAUGGGGAGUGUUGUGCCGUCGCCUCCUGUCCCAAAGAAGCUUGUUGUGAGUGUGUGCACCGUGGGCAGGGCAGCAACGGCACGGGCGCUGGUGUGUGCACUGUGGGCAGGGCAGGGCAGCAGCAGCACGGUCCCUUCCCAAGCCUUCCCAAGCUGCACCUCUCCUGUGUGAGCAAGGAGAGGUGGAUUACAGUGGUGGGGCUGUCUUCCCCCAACAGGCCUGCCUGUGCGCCUCACUCACGCUCUCUCUCUCUCUCUCCUAACAUCCCCCUCCUGGCGUGGCAGUCGCUUCCCAAGCUGCGCCUCUCCCGUGUGAGCAAGGAGAGGUGGAUGACAGCCGUGCAGCUGUCUUCCCCCCAACGCAUCACCUUCGAUGGCCGCGGCUUCAGUGACGCGCCCACCGAGACUCCCAAGCGGCUGUGCACAAUGAGUGACACUCUCGCCCCACUCCUGCCUGCCUCUGUUUUCAGAGGCGACGGGUCGCCGCUCCCCUUCAACCCCACGCGUGGCCCGGGGUACGUGUGGCACUGCCACAUCCUGGAGCACGAGGACAACGACAUGAUGCGGCCCCUCAUUGUCACGUAG